AUGAAACGGCUACUUUUAAGCUGCAGCAUCAGCUUCUUCUUCGUCCUCAUUUCAGGAGGAAGGAGCCGUCACCCGCCCGUGUUUGAAGACAAGUCUCAGGUAGCUAUGUCGUCUGGAGUGGAUAUUAAGACCAAGGAAGAGAAGGAUGCAGAGCUGGACAAACGAAUCGAAGCUUUGAGGAAAAAGAAUGAAGCUUUGGUCAAGAGGUACCAGGAAAUAGAGGAAGACAAGAAGAAGGCGGAGCAGGAGGGCAUUGCGGUGACGACGCCUCGUAAGCCCCGCCCCCACGAGCCAGAGGUGGACAGGCGGAAGAUCGAGAAGGAAAACUUCAGUGUAACAGUUGACCUUUCUAAACCUGCCGGGGACAAGCAGACCGUGGAGGACCUGGAGAGUCUGGGUCUGAUCCAUCAUCCUGUAUUUGUUGCAGGAGAAGAGAGUCAUCAACGACUGGAAGUCUGGAACGCCUCGCGGCAGGAAGACGUCAGACGACAGCGAUGGUUACAGAGGGCCGAGCGACGGCCGCAGCCCCCCCAGGAGGACGGGGUCCGGGCGACUGGGUCGAGGAAGACACCUCGAGUGGGAGAGCCCGGUGAGCCCGGAGGCCCAGGACGCAGAGGAGGAAGACGAGGAAGAGGAGGAGGAGGAGGAGGAGGAGGAGGAGGAGGAGACGUGACGCCGGGGGGCGUUGACAGGAAGUCGAAGGAAUGGGAGGAGAAGAGGCGCGAGAACAUUGAGAAGAUGAAUGAGGAGAUGGAGAAGAUAGCAGAGUACGAGAGAGGACAGCGGGCGGACGGGGACAAACCAAUCCGCAAUUUCCUGGACGACCCGAGACGUUCGGGUCCGGGGCCCGACCUUGACAGGAAGGAGGGCAGCAGGAGACACGUCCGAAACUGGGGCGGGCUGGACUUUGAAAACGUGAAAACGGGACCUGAAAGGGAGCGAGAGUGGACCAGUCGCAGGCCCGGUCCGAAGGGUUCUAUGGACAUGACCAUGUCGAUGACGGGCCGGGAGAGGGCGGAGUACCUGCGCUGGAAGAAGGAGCGCGAGCAGAUCGACGAGGAGAGAUUAGCGCGCCAUCGCAACGCCACGGGCCAGUGGAGACGAGAGUGGGACGCACAGAAGACGGACACAAUGUUCAAGGGGGAGGAGUCGUUUGUAGCUGCAGAAGGGCCCACGUCUGAGCAGGGCGGCAGGAGAGAUGACAGCAAGCGACCCCCUAAAGCGCCGACGAUGGCUGAUUUCCUGUCCCAGGGCCGGACGCAGGGGCCCCGAGGAGACAGGAGCCGAGGGCGGGGCCGAGGGCCCAAGCAGAGCUACAGCAUGCACGACAACCGCUGGGAAGAAGAGAAAGAGGAGGAAGUGGAGGAGAAGGAGGAGAAAACGAGAAGAGAGAAGAAGACUGAUAAGAGGCAGGAAGAGAAACCCGUCCCGCCGGCAGCACAGAAGGUGGAGGAGAAAAAUGGAGAUGGAGGUGAUGACGACGAUGAAUGGGAAGACGCCAGUGACGGAGAGGAAGACGUGGAUGACAGGAGGAACCGCGACUCGGUGGGCGACGAGAAGAAGGACUCUGGGAAGGAGAAACGGGACGAGAGCAAGGAGGGCUCGCCUACGUCGCCCCUCCCCCGCUUGCCCUCCGCAUCGGCGGGGAGCCCCAAAGAGCGGCGGGCCCCCCGGUCCACGGGGCCCAAGGUCCACAUCCCCACCCCUGCUGCCGUUCCAGAGUCUCCAGAGGGGGGGAAACCGCUCAGCCCCUUCGACCCGCUGGAGGGCCACAACCCGGUGUCGGACUGGGGGGAGGAGAUGGAGAUGCUGUCGCCCCGGAGCAGCCUGGGCGAGAGCCCCAGCACCGAGUCCAGCCCGCCGAAGCCCCCCAGCACCGAGUCCAGCCCGCCGAAGCCCCCCAGCACCGAGUCCAGCCCGCUACAGAGGAAAGACCAGGACCAGGAGAUGCUGUCGCCUCGUUGCAACCUGGCCGAGCAAUUCAGCACCGAGUCCAGCCCGCUUCAGGAGAAGGACCAGCCGGACCAGACGGAGAAACAAGCUGCCGGCUCCACGGAGCUCACGGAGCCGCAGAGAGAGGAGCACACAGCUACUCCCGUCCCGUCUCCUUCAGAAGAAAACACCCAGACAACUGCAGUGUCGGUCCCCCAAGAGUCGGUCCCUCAAGAGUCGGUCCCCCCAGAGUCGGCCCCCACAGAGUCGCCCCCCCCAAAGGUGGUCCCCACAGAGUCGCCCCCCCCAAAGGUGGUCCCCACAGAGUCGCCCCCCCCAAAGGUGGUCCUCACAGAGUCAGCCCCCCCGGAGUCAGUCCCCCCAAAGGUGGUCCUCAAAGAGUCGGCCCCCCUAGAGUCGGUCCCCCCAGAGGUGGUCCUCACAGAGUCGGCCCCCGUAGAGUCGGUCCCCCCAAAGGUGGUCAUCACAGAGUCGGUCCCCCUAGGGUCGGUCCCCCCAAAGGUGGUCCCCACAGAGUCGCCCCCCCCAAAGGUGGUCCUCACAGAGUCGGCCCCCCCGGAGUCAGUCCCCCCAAAGGUGGUCCUCAAAGAGUCGGCCCCCCUAGAGUCGGUCCCCCCAGAGGUGGUCCUCACAGAGUCGGCCCCCCCAAAGGUGGUCAUCACAGAGUCGCCCCCCCCAGAGUCGGCCCCCUCAAAGGUGGUCCCCCCAGAGUCGGUUCCCCCAAAGGUGGUCCUCACAGAGUCGGCCCCCCUAGAGUCUUUCCCCCUAAAGGUGGUCCCCCCAGAGUCGGCCCCCCCAAAGGUGGUCCCCCCAAAGGUGGUCCCCCCAGAGUCGGUCCCCCCAGAGUCGGUCCCCCCAGAGUCGGUCCCCCCAGAGUCGGUCCCCCCAGAGUCGGUCCCCCCAGAGUCGGUCCCCCCAAAGGUGGUCAUCACAGAGUCGGCCCCCGUAGAGUCGGUCCCCCCAGAGGUGGUCCUCAAAGAGUCGGUCCCCCCAAAGGUGGUCAUAACAGAGUCGGCCCCCGUAGAGUCGGCCCCCCCAAAGGUGGUCCCCCCAGAGUCCCCCACUACAGUCGCUCCUGGACCCUCCCCCUCUGCUGCCCCAGGCCCCUCCCCCUGCGCCGCUCCUGGCCCCUCCCCCUGGGAUGUUUCUGUGGCAGCCUCCUCAGAGGUUGGUGAGGCUACUCUGCUGAUGGACCAGGAAACACCUGCCGCUCCAUCGGAAGGAGACAAAUCAGACUCGUCUCCCGCUCCUGUCGUCCCGGAUACGGAGCAGAUCCCGUCAGAUCCAGCGGCGCUGGGAGACAACAAUGUGUCGCCGGCUGGGACCGGCGCCGACCCGGCAGCAGAGGCGGAGCAGUCCUCGGACCAGGCGUCCUCAGGCUGAAACUCCGUCUUCUGAGGGUGAGGAAGAUGGAGGAAGAGGAUUGCAGUGACCAUCAUCACAUAUCUCAAUGACUUCAGCCAUCAGGAGGAGGAGGAGGAGGAGGGACCGAGCGUCGCCUCCACUGCUCUCACCUCAUUUGCUUCAUUACUGACAAAAGCAUCAGCGUCUGUUUGAUUCUCUCAACAGACUCGAAAAUGUAAAAAUUAUGUUCCAUUUAUGAAAUUAUGACUCAAAAUAUGAUUUAUGACACAAGCCGAGGACGAAGCGCUUUCAGGCCCCCCCUUCAGACUCAGACAAGUCGGAAACAAAUCAUUUUUUCCUCCGAUUCCUUUUUUUUUUGCAGCGGACCUGAUCGGUCUUCAGGAGCCCAGUCGGACCAGAAUCUGUCGGCCUCCGGAGACUCUUGAAAGCUUCUCGGCUGGCUGUUUGUUUAAGCAUCUCGACAGCUACAACAGCUCCAGUCUCAGUCGCAUUUCCUUGAAACUUCACAGAUGUUUCAUGCCAAAUUUUGUGCGCAAGUUGAAACCGUUUUUCUGAUGUGUUUGUGAAAAGUCUUGACAUGUUUUCACCCCGGAGAGAUUAUGUGACUCUCGGUUACUUUAGCUUGAAAGAACGUUGUCCGGUCAGCAGUUCAGAGUCACAGGGUGAUGACAUCACAGAUCCGAAUCAGAGAAGAGUCAUUUCCUGAUCUUUAUCACCACCCGGCAUUAUGCUGCGCUUGUGGGCAAAGCAGCUACGCCCCCAGAGUCUGACUCCACCCACUAAAACCUGCUGCUGUUAAGAGGUGUGACGACACGUUUCCUCGGCCAUAGCAUGUCAGACAUUUCAAGAAUAAUUUGGGAUAUUUAUAUCACCAUUUCAUAAAAAUGGGAAAAGAAUGCGUAACCUUUUUUAAAGCCACUGUAUGUAGUAAAGUCACUAAUGACUAGCCUGGCCAGCUCUCCUCAUUCUUUUCCUCUUUGGAUCAAAGAAUGAAUCUGAGUCCUCUGGGUUUGAUUUCUGGUGUCCAGGGGAAACGGACGCAGUGGGAACUCCCUCAGGAGGCCUUUGGAUAGACUUAAAACCAAUCAGGGAACGAAUUAUGUGACGUCGGCAGACCAGACCAUAAUCAAAAAGACAUCCAAAGAGGUAUAGAACCAGCGGUGAAUGUCUGUUAUCUGGUCUGAAGUAAAAAUGAAAUCAUGCUUUUCAGAAAGUCUUGGAUGGAGUAAUUGGUCGGAUGUAAAUCGGCAGUAAAAAGAUGCUGACGGCCACGUCGACACAGUUGUCUUCUUUAAAGCUGCAGUUAUACGUCCCUGUUGUGAUGUCAUCAUCCGACCAGGUCGGUCUGAGCCGUUUUCUGACGCUGAAAUGGACAGUUUCUUCUUAAAGUCUGGGAUUUCAUUCCAACAAUGAAUGAAAUGAAAUGAAAUUUUAUGUUGAAAUCAUGUAUUUUUAAGUUUUAGUUAUUAAUAUUGUCGCCAUCAUUUUUAUGUUUUAAAGUACUUGUUUUACGUUGGAAUGAAACACUUUUCGAUACCUCAGUAGACCAAGGGCUUGUUUGGGUUUGUUUGAGGUUUUUGAGUUGUUUUUUUUUGCAAAUCCUGUCUGUUUGAUGUGAGCACCGGUGGCGUCUGAAGACGCAGGGACGAAUGAAUUGCUUUAAUGUCUUUGUGUUUGAGAUCUGAGGAAUAAAAAGAGAUGAUUUUGGGUUAAAAUAAACUGCAAAAUGUAGUGUUUUUUGUUUGUUUUGGUUGUUUUUUUUUUAAGGGAAAUUCUGUUUAAAUGACAUCAUGGCAUAAACUGAAUGAGCGGUUUGACCUUUUUAUCCUUUUUGCUGCCUGCUGGUUUUUAAUUCACCUGUACAGUCGCUUCCCAUCAGGAAACAAAUAAAUAAACAACACAUACAUGGCUGCUGUUGGGAGGAUUUAAAAUCAAACGGGGAGGAAAAGUUAUGUAUUAUGACUUUAUUCCCAAUGAAAUCUAAAUGUUGAUUUUUAUGACUCUGCAUCAGCUUCCCUGCAGGAUCUGACAUAAAACCUUGUUUUGUUUGCUGUUUACGUGUAUUUGUAAGGGUUGGGCGUCUCCUGGAAAAUAAAAAAGCUUUUCUAUCGAGCAAAAUGCAACAACAAAAAAAAGGCUUUAAUUUGAGCAGAAAAGGGGCGGGUCCUGUUGGAGCUGCGCCGCAUUCAUGACUGAUUUGUGUUUCAAGGCUGCAAAUGUUUUAAUUGUCCGGCCACUUCUUCUUUCCUCUCGUUUGAAAUGCGAAACAAUCAGAGCUGCGAUCAAUGAAACCAGCUUUUUAAUGAUUUUCGAGUUGCUGUUGAGAUUGAGACAGAAGAGGAGAUGUUUGUCCCGAAUGAAAGUAGAAAAAAAAACACUGAUUGUAUCUGUUUUGCUGACUUGGCCAAUAAAUAUAUGUA